AGUACACAUGUCUCUACAGGGCUCACUACCUCUACUGGAUUUAAUAUUGUUGUCUGGAGAAGAAAGGCUAGAGCUUUUUAUACUGUAGAUGCCGGGCAGAAGAGUAAAGCUCCUUUACAUGUGUAGGCCUAGUGACUGAGUGUAAAGAAGCAGUAUCAGCUUGUACAAAGUGGGCGCAGUGCUUUGUACUCAUGGAGCACUUGAACCCAUCUCUCGGGCAGCUCAGAGACUUCAAGAAAGACGAUUUUGAGACAGACUGGAUUAAGGUGUCGGAAUGCAGAUUUGGCCAGGUGUACCAAGCAAAGCUGAAAAUGUGGCGGGAAAAGUGUGCUGUGAAGACCAUUGACAGACAGUCUUGGAGACAAAUAAUCAAUGAAGUGUCAGGGAUUGCAAAAGUGAAAUUCAAGUACCUGGUGUCCGUGUACGGCCUGUGCAGCGAGGCAACUGGCAUAGUGAUGGAAUACAUGAGUAAUGGUUCCCUCAACAAUCUGCUGGCAAGCCACACACUGACAUGGCCAAAGAAGUUCCAGAUGAUUCACGAGACAUCCAUGGGCAUGAAUUUCCUUCACAGCAUCAAACCACCAUUACUCCACCUCAACCUGAAGACGUCAAACCUCCUGCUGGACGAUCAUCUCCAUGUCAAGAUUUCAGAUUUCAGUUUAAUCCGCUGGGAUAAGAGUCUGAGCAAGAAGUCGUUUAUGGAGCACCUGACAGCCAGAGGGAACAUAAGUUACAUCCCUCCUGAGACAUUCACUACCAGCCCUGAGCCUCCUGGAACUGCCUUCGAUGUGUACAGCUUUGGAGUGGUGAUGUGGGAAAUCCUGACUCAGCAAAAACCAUAUGCAGGGAGCAGUGUGACGACAGUGCUCGUGCAGGUGGCACAGGGGAAGAGGCCCAGUCUGGAGAUUCUACCUGAACAUAAACCACAGGAGUGUGAGCCCCUCAUCAGCAUCAUGCAACAGUGCUGGGACCAGGACCAAAGCAAGAGACCACCAUUCUCAGACACUGUAGUGAAAACUGAGGCUCUCAGUGAAGUCCUGAUGAUCCCUGGUCCUGUGAAAAAUGGAGGAGUGAAUCCAUGGAUUGUUCCACCUGCUCCUAAGUUGACCUCCUUCAUUUAACCACAAAUAACAUAUCUUUUCACAGAUGAUCGCUAUGGCAAGGAGACCAUUAUUUCUCUUCUGUCCAAAAAGGAUUUUGGCACUUUCAGAAAAUCUGUGAGGAGAGAAGAUGUGCGCAGACUGUUUUCAGAGAGGAAGAGUCUCCUGCACUACACUGUGGCCAGUGGAGAUGCAGAGAGUGUUAAACGUGUGCUGAGUUUGGGUGCUGAGGUCAACUGUGAGACCUCUAAAGGCAGUACACCUCUUUGCAUUGCUGUUAUAAAAAGGUUUCAUGACAUUGUUUCAUUGUUAUUGGACCAUGGAGCUGUCCCCACGGCUUCAGAUGACGAUCAGUGGACUGUGCUCCAUUUUGCUGCUCAGAAUGGAGAUGACAGGACAGUGCGCCUCCUUCUGGACAAAGGGGCGGAGGCGGGGGCCAAAGAAAAGGCCGGAUGGACACCUCUCCACUUGGCCUGUCAGAACGGGCACGAGGCUGUGGUACGUCUGCUGCUCACACGUAUGUCAGACAAGGCAGUGGGAGGGCGGGAGGGGCGGGGGCGGACUCCUCUCCACCUGGCCUCAAUCUAUGGACAUCUAAAUAUUAUCAAGCUGCUCCUCACCAAAGGAGCGGACCCCAACGCUGCUGACGUCUCUCUCUCCACUGCCCUGCACUUGGCCUCAGAGGAGGGACACAACAGGGUGGUACGGCACCUGCUCAAGUGUGGGGCUAAUAUUGACAGUGCAGACAACAGAGGCUAUACUCCACUUCACCUGGCUGCUAUGAGGGGGCACACAGGCAUCUGCAGGCAACUACUGUCAAACAAGGCCUGCCCUAACUCCAGGACUCUACAGGGCUGGACCCCCAUGCACCUGGCUGCACUCAAAGGACAUGAGGCCACUGUGACUGAGCUAAAGAGCCAGGGCGGGGCAGUGGAUGAGCAGGGGGAGAAAGGAUGGACACCUCUGCAUCUCGCCUGUCAUCAAAGUGAGUGUCUGGUGGUGGAAAAGCUCCUGGCGGCUGGAGCAAACCCCAACAUGGCAGAGGACAGUGAGGGCUGGACCCCCCUUCAUGUGGCCUGUACCAGUGUGAGCUUCCCCUGCGUCCUACACCUGAUUUCACAUGGUGCAGAUGUGAAUGUGUUGAGCAGUGGGAAAGUCACACCUCUCCAUGUGGCAGCUAAGCACGGCUGUGUACCCAUAGUCAAGGCUCUGCUGCUCAAUGGGGCAAACACUUCUGCACUGGACUCAUCAGGGUCCUCUGCCUUAACUGUGGCACAGAGGAACGACAAGUGGGAAAUAGUGCAACUAUUGGAGAAGAGAUGCUAAUCGCUCUGUGGCUCCCAAAUCAACUAAACUCGUGUUACCUCCAUCAUAGUCUAGUUCUUAGUUUGCCUGAAGUACAUCACUCAAAUUUUUAUGGAAGAUGCUACAGGCAAAAAUAUUUUUCAAUGUUUUUGUUUUUUGAUCAGUUUGGUCAACAUAGAAGCUUUUUAUGUGGAAACGACAAAAUCAUCCAACCUGCACAGAUGUUGCACUAUUUCAGUGAUUCAACUUUCAUCCAAGUAUAAAUGGGAGGUUUUAAAUUCAAAGUCUGUUCACUAAAAUACAAGAAUGAUCCCUUCCAUCCAAUCUUGUACUAAAACCCAAUUAUGAUGGAUCAUACAGAAAGAUACGCUGUUGAUAUUUAAUUCUAAGAUGAACUUAUUAAAGUUUUAACCCCAUUUAUUUAUUUAUUUAUUUUUAGUACUUUUUAUCCAGUUUACUCAAAUACUAAAUAAGACAAAAUCUCCUCCUGUGUAUUUAGAAUCUAAUAUGUCAAAAAAAUUAGGCAAGAAACUUAAAUCUGGCUCUGUCCAUUUUUCUAAUUCAUGUGUCCCAAAUAUGGCAGAUCUUGGUCAUUUGUUCACAUAAAAUGGAUUAUUAUAUGAAAACAUAAUAUGAUUAUAAACUUGUAAUACAUUUUCCCACUUACUUUUAUGUACAUAAACCGCAGAAGAUGUUUAAAUUUAUAUCUCUAAAUGUAAGAUUACUAUAUUCUUCUGCAGUGUCUUACCUUAACAUGACUUGUAUUUACAGUAGGUUGCUGUGAAUUAUCAAUGUUAAAGUAGGUAAAAAAGGUUUUAUAAACAAAAAACAAUUUUAAAGAGAUAUUUGAAAAACUACCCAGGAGAAAACAAAUUACAUUAUUUGCCUUGUCCAUGCUGUAAUGAAAUAUAUUCAUGCCCCUUAUUUAUUAAACAUGUUUAUUCUCA